AUGGCGUCCGUCUACCACCGCAAGAUCACAAUUAGCGCGGGUGAGGAGUGUACCAUCAGCGGUAGUGGUGCCAUUGAACUGCAGUUGCUCUCUGGAGUUGUGGACGUGGCUGGUGUUCUGCUGAAGGCAAAGGAAACACAUGUUUUUUUCUUGGAGGCAGACAAACGCUGUGUCAUUCUGUACACUUUGGAAGGAGGAUCCGUUCAGGCCACGGCGGGCUUUCCAUUUGAAACCUUAAAGACGGCAACUGGCAUGGCUUCUGUUGUGCAGCUUUGCCGUCGCAGCUUGUCUGCGGAGCGUCGCACGAAGGUGCUUGUGAUUGGGAAGAGCCACAGUGGGAAGACGCUGACAGCACACACCAUUUGUAACUUGCUGCGGGACGACUCCGCAGGAGAGUUGACAACUGCUCCUGCUGCAGCUGUGUUUUUGAUGGAUCUUAAUUCCGAGUCGAACUGUCUCCAUGCCCCUGGGUGUGUCUCAGCCGUGCAGGUGGAGCAUGUGCUUUGGCCGGGCACAACGUCGGCGCCGACUUUACUUCCCUUUUCUUUCUUUAUUGGGGAGGCCACCCCACCGUCAGCGGAAAACAUAUUAUCUUUUCUGCAUUUUGUUGAGCAAUUGCAGGAAUGCACGGAGUCACUGUUGAAUGGGGUGAAUCACGAACGAGUCCAUCUUGUUAUCGACGCACCAGCGCCUGCUUCUGACAUCAAGGAGAGCGUGUAUUUCCGCAAGCUUAUUGAAUUGCUGCGCCCCACUCAUGUCGUGACGGUCAGCCCACAGGAUGGGUCGGAGACGUGGUCCACGUUUCUUCAAGAAGAUGUACAGCGUGUUCUUCCAGAUUGCGAGUUCUCACACGUUUCUCCGGUGGUGCGGAGGUGCACUACUUCUCUCCGCGAACAGCAUCUGCGUGAAUACUUUGCCGGCACCCCACAGUUCCCACUUGGGUGUGCCAAAGUAGUGCUGCCGCUCACACAGCUGCAGUUUGUUCAGUACGAGGCACACGGUGUGGAUGAAGAAGUGGCGGUGUCGUGUCGCAAGGUGGCGAUGACCCCAACUUUUGUCGGGUGUAUUUGUGCCCUCUCGCACGCGGAAAUGAUAGAGGAGGUGCCGUUGGCACCGGUCGCCGGUCUGCUCCUUGUCGUUGCGGUGGACGAGGAGCAUGAGGAGCUUGUUGCGAUUGUUCCCGCCUGCGAUGACUUGCCGCGUCGCAUUGUGAUUGUGCCGAACGAGACGAGAGCGGCGGAAACGCCUACGCUAAGCGUAACGACAGCGAUGGCAUCUAUUGAAGAGUCCGUGGCCGUCUAA